AUGCAAAAUAAUACUUGUCCCAACAGCGUGUUCUUCAUCUUGGCAAAUGAAUUUUGUGAGAGGUUUUCUUAUUAUGGCAUGGGAGCUGUUUUGAUCCUGUACCUGACUAACUGGCUGGGAUUCAGUGAAGAUGUGGGGACCUCCAUCUUUCAUUCUUUUAUCACGAUGUGUUACUUCAGUCCACUUUUUAGAGCCAUCUUGGCCGACGGAUACCUCGGAAGAUACAAAACUAUACUGAUUCUCUCCCUUGUUUACGCCACUGGUAACCUAAUCAUGGCCUUCACUGCACUACCACCUCCUGAAUGGUAUGGUCCUGCUAUUGGCUUGAUUCUCAUUGGUCUUGGUACAGGUGGUAUUAAGCCAAACGUGUCAUCAUUCGGAGCUGAUCAGUUUAAGGCAGACCAGGAAAAAGAGAGAUACACUUUUUUCUCUGCUUUCUACUUUUCAAUAAACCUGGGAAGUAUGCUGUCCAUUGUUUUGACUCCAAUAUUGAGAGCUGAUGUUAAGUGUUAUGGCAAUGAAUGUUAUCCCUUAGCCUUUGGGAUUCCAGCAGUUUUAAUGAUUUUAUCCACUAUCAUCUUUGUUGCUGGAAGCAGUCUGUACAAGAGAGUGCCACCUUCAGGAAAUCUGAUGAAAAGAGUGUUUAAAUGCAUAUUGUAUGCAUUAUGGGGGAAGAUAAGGAAUUGUGGGGGCCCUAAUAAAAAGGAACACUGGCUGUACUAUGCAGACAGCAAUUUUGAGCCCAAGUUUAUCAGAGAAGUACAAAUAUUACUGAAGGUGCUAUUCAUGUUUAUUCCUGCUCCAUUUUUCUGGGCUCUUUCUAGUCAACAGGGAUCUCGCUGGACGCUUCAAGCUGAAAAACUCAAUGGAGAUUUGGGCGUCUUUGGGACCCUCAAACCUGAUCAAAUGUCAGCACUUAAUCCACUCCUGAUUUUAAUUCUAAUUCCAGUGUUCGAAAAAAUAAUAUAUCCAUAUUGUGAAAAGUUUCACUUUCUUACAAGGUACGAGUAUCUACUAGUAUUUGAUUGUAAGUUGUUUUACAUCCCGCUCAGGAAUUUUCCACUCAUAAUAGGGGCAUCACCAAAUUCAGACCUUUUCUUGGCUAUCAGGACAAUUGAGCAUUGA